AUGCUCCUCUUCCUCGGCCUGGCCUUCUUCUUCUUCUCCGCCUGCCGCUCCGUGGAGAUGAACCGGACAGAGAGCGCGGAGCAGUGCUCGGCCUGCGACGUCCGGGAGCACAGCAAGCAGAUGAGACUCCACGGCAUCAGGUCCCAGAUCCUCAGCAUCCUGCGGCUGCAGCAGGCGCCCAACAUCAGCCGGGACAUGAUCCGCCAGCUGCUCCCCAAAGCGCCUCCUCUGACGCAGCUCCUGGAGCAGUACAACCUGCGCGUGGAGGACGAGGACCACGUCACCACGGAGACCAUCAUCACCAUGGCCACCAAGCCUCAUCCGAUCGGCCGGGCCGAGCUGGCCUCCUGCUGCCUCUUCAGCCUCAGUCCCAAGAUCCAACCCAAAAACAUCCUGCACGCCCAGCUGUGGGUCCACCUGCGCCCGGCCGACGCCGUCACCACCGUCUUCCUGCAGAUCUCCCGCCUCAAACCCGGGAAGGAGGGCAACGGCACCCGGGUCCGAGUCCGCUCCCUGAAGAUCGAGGCCGAGGCCGGCGCCGGCUCCUGGCAGAGCCUGGACAUCAAGGCCCUGCUGCGGGCGUGGCUGCGGCAACCGGAGACCAACUACGGCAUCGAGAUCAACGCCUACGACGCCGACGGCGAGGACCUGGCCGUCACCUCGGCCGAGCCCGGGGAGGAGGGCCUGCAACCGUUCAUCGAGGUGAAGAUCCUCGACAGCCCCAAGAGGUCCCGCCGCGACUCGGGCCUCAACUGCGACGAGGAGUCGGCGGAGACCCGGUGCUGCCGCUACCCGCUCACCGUGGACUUCGAGGAGUUCGGCUGGGACUGGAUCAUCGCGCCCAAACGCUACCGGGCCAACUACUGCUCGGGGGAGUGCGAGUUCAUGCACCUGCAGCAGUACCCGCACGCCCACCUGGUGAACAAGGCCAACCCGCGCAGCACGGCGGGGCCCUGCUGCACGCCCACCAAGAUGUCCGCCAUCAACAUGCUCUACUUCAACCGCAAGGAGCAGAUCAUCUACGGGAAGAUCCCGUCCAUGGUGGUGGACCACUGCGGCUGCUCCUGAGGAAGGAAGAGCAACACGUGUUCUGUUCAGGAAACGUAGUCCAGUAUUCUCACGGAAGAAGUUGUUUAGAACAAAGUAGACUAAAUGUGAUAAGAGCACAGCGGAGACCCUCCCGUCCGUCUUAUAAAAAUGUGCCUUGACCAGAGCAAACCCUGCAGGGCGUCUUCCACGUGCGCCUUUAUUUUGAAAAACCUGAACCGAGUGACUCCGGGCUGACAGAAGCUCCUCGCUGUGAUCCGUUCUCCAGAACCACAGGAGGUCAGCUACAACAAGAUGUUAGGUUGUGCCGAGUUCAAUUCUGCUACGACGAGUCACGAUCUAGCGCCAGCUAGUGGACAUUAGGAGCACUGCAGCUGAAGAUGGCGCUUCAACACUUUCUUUAGCUUUCAGCUGGUGGUUUAUAGCUCAAACUUAUAGUUGUAUGUGGCCUUUGGGAGCAGUAAUACAUCCAUGUGCAUGCCUCCAAACUCAAACUAUAACCCUAAUCUGUGAAGGUUGUUUCAGACCCCCACCCCCUGGUUUAGGAAAGAGGAUAAAACUCACCAGCCAAUGACAACGUGAGGCAGGAACUGUGAUCUCAGAGGGAGGUUUGAAGUGCAGAUGUGCUGACUGUUGUUGUGCUUCACGGGGGGUUCUGACCCAAAAGUCUUUGCUCUGCUGUUAAAACAGAACGUCCAUGAGCGACACAGUUUCACGUGUUUUGAUUCUGCAGUGAACAACAUGUCCAGUCAAGUUAUUACGCGCUGAUUGAGGAUUUAAUCCUCUUCUUUACGCGUGUUUGUCUCUACAAAAGUGAUAGUUUCCUGUAGAUACGGCAAAUUAAUCCACAUUUCAAAUCUUAAUAAAGUUAAUAAUUGACAUGUAAAGGUGGAUUUUAGUAUAGACAGUAUGUAUACUAUGUGUUGUAUGUUGCAUUUAUGAAGUAUACAGUGUGUUAUGCUAUUUAUCUCUAAAGAUAAACGAGGAUCAUUAAAUGUCCACUUCAAUGUGGUGUGAGGAUAUUGGAUGGUGCGUUCAAGGACACUCUGAAAACGUAGUGUUACAUCUAUGAGUAAAACUACAAACGACACGAUGGCAAUCCUUUAAAAAUAUAAUUUUCUUUGGUCAAAUAGUUGCUGUCUUAUAUGCAUAUUUGUGUCUUUGAACGCACCUGCAGCUUAUGAGAAGUUACCUGCUUUAUCACGUGACUUCAAGUCACAUUAACAAAAAUUAUGUUAUUGUCUCACUGGGUGGUCUGUUUAAUAAUGUAGGUCAAAUAUAUGUUUAAACUGCUAUUUAUUUCUGCCACUAGGUGGCGACCAUGAGAAUUGUUUCCAAAUGAAGUUGGUAAGAACUUGACCUUUACACCCCCUGAAUGCAUCUGACGUGACAUGUUGUCCUGGUGGUUUGUUCAUUCUGUAUUUGUGUACAAUUAAUCAUUAAUAUUCUUAAAAUACUGUGUCUACCACAGCUGCAUAC